AUGGCCUUUGCCACGAUAAAUUCCGCUCCUCCGACACAGGCCUCAGCAACAACAACUCAAAUCGCUGCGAUUGAGAAUGCCUUUGGCGCUGAGCCCGCCCUGAAGAAGCGAAUCUACGAUGCGAUCGGAUCCAUCCCCCAAUAUUCCCCUCUGUUCGAAGACAUUGCUCGAUAUACCUGCGGUUUGCGGACAAGAAAUGCGAAUCCCGUCCAGCCUAUCCAAAUCCUUCAAGACGAACCCGUCGCGAAAAAGCGCAAGCUCGAGAAUGGGACCGGGGCUGGGAGCACUCAAUCACUGGUCGAUCUGAAAACGCACAAUGCUUUACAGUUCUACAUGCAAGAUGUAUCGUUUGCCAUGCCGCAGCGAAAAAAGUUGACACUAGAGGUUACGGCGGGAAACAAGUAUCUUCGGGCACGGAACCAGGCGUCGAAGGAAGUGGAGUUUGGCGUGCCGCUGAAUAAAAUCCAACAUGUUUUGUGUCUGCCCGUGCCGGAAAAGAGUCAGCGACAGUUCAACUUCUGCGUUAUUCCCCAGUAUGCCGAUGGAAUUAACCCCCCUCCGGAGGGCGAGCCUGCCCCUGAGGCAAUUAUGUGGACGGUCAAUAACGGGCCUGCGAAGUCCGCGUUCUCGGGACAUGGCCAGCAGAUUGGGAUCGGUGACGGGGAGACGUCUGAGAGUCUGGUGCGCCGGGUGCUGGAUGAGAAUCUGUCACAUAUACGGGUUGUACGCCCGGAUGCGCAGGAGUUCGUCAGCGCCAUGCUGGAGGCGCAUCGCAAGGGGGAGAAGGCCUAUCAUAUCAAGGCAUUCCGUGGCAGUAAAGAAGGAUAUCUCUUUCUUCUGUCCACGGGGAUCUUCUUCGGUUAUAAGAAACCUUUGCUUUUCUUUGCCUUUGAGAACAUCGAUUCUAUAUCUUAUACCUCUGUCCUUCAGCGGACCUUCAACCUGAACGUUGUAGCGCGGGCCAUUGGCAGUGACGAAACGCAAGAGUUUGAAUUCUCCAUGAUCGAUCAGGCGGAUUUUUCCGGUAUCGACAGCUACAUCAAAACGCAUGGCUUGCAGGAUGCCAGUCUCGCGGAAGCCCGUCGCGCAAAGCGCUACAAUAUCAACGGCGCAAAGACGGAAGAAACUGCUGAGGCCGACGCCCAAGGUGCCGAGGGCGAGCUGCAGAAAGCUCAGCGCGAACUAGAAGACCAAGAAGACGAAGAAGAGGAGGACUAUGACCCCGGCAGCGAGGGGGAGAGCGAGGGAAGCGGUUCUACCAGCGAAGAAGACUCAGACGAAGACCAGGAUGACGAUGCAGACGGGAAUCUGGUAGACGAGCUGGGAAGCGAAGCGGAAGACAUUCCGGAAGAUGAUUUGUAA